AUGUGGCCAAAGUAUGUUCAUUCAUGCUGGAAGUGGCAUGGUGAGGCAUUGCCAAUGACUAAUGUGGGAGACCCUCAUGUAGGGGGUGCUGAUAUAACAGCUGUGCUCCACGAUGCGUUUGGCAUGCAUGGUCCUAAUAAUGAUGACAAUUUUGUAGAGGAAGAUGCAGCUCCUCAGAACUUCACCCCUGAUGUCGCAAAUUUCUAUCGUUUGAUUGAAGAAGGUAAAGUUGAAUUAUACCAGGGCUGUGGGAAAUCAAAACUGGAUUUUAUUUUGCAGUUGUAUCAACUCAAAUCUCAAAAUUGUUGGACUGAUGUGUCUUUCACAGCCUUGUUGAACAUGUUACAGGAAUGGUUCCCUGAAGCAAGCCUUCCUUCUAGUUUUUACCAAACAAGGAAAAUGGUUACUGAUUUGGCAUUGCCUUGUGAAAAGAUAGACGCUAAGUUAGGACAUCCUGGAGUUCCUCAUAAGGUAUUACGUUACUUUCCAUUGGGACCUCGACUUCAACGCCUUUACAUGUCACGCCACACUGCUCAAAAUAUGGUUUGGCAUUCCGAAGAGAGAACUGAUGAUGAUAUUCUUAGACAUCCAGCUGAUUCACCUGCUUGGAAACAUCUUGACAAAAUGUAUCCAAGCGUUGCAACUGAGCCACGAAAUGUUCGUCUUGGCUUAGCAAGUGAUGGAUUUAAUCCUUUUGGUACGAUGAGUCUAUCCCAUAGCACGUGGCCUAUUGUGAUAUCAGUCUACAACUUUCCGCCUUGGCUCUGUUUGAAACAACCUUACUUGAUGCUUUCGUUGUUAAUUCAUGGUCCGAAAAGUCCCAGAAAUGACAUAGAUGUGUUCUUGCAGCCUUUAGUAGAAGAGUUACAAACUUUGUGGAGCCAAGGGAUACCUACGUACGAUGCGUUCAAGAAAGAAAGUUUUAACUUGCAUGCUGCGGUUUUGUGGACUAUCAACGACUUCCGAUCAUAUGCUAUGUUAUCUGGUUGGAGCACUAAAGGGUCAGAGUGUUUGGAUUCAUUAAAAGGAUUGAAGUUUGUAUAUGGAAAGGGAGAUAAGUACAAGGCGAAGAGACUGAAACGGAAAAGGGGAAAAAUGAAGAGAAUAUAUAGUGGCCCUUGGAAAAAGAAAAGCAUAUUUUUUGAUCUUCCAUAUUGGAAGGACCUGCUUUUGCGACAUUGUCUUGAUGUGAUGCACAUUGAGAAAAAUGUCGCUGAGGCUAUUCUUGGAACCUUAUUGGGUAUGGUUGGUAAAGAUAAGGAUUCGUUAAAUGCACGGUUGGACUUGCAAGAGCUGAAGUGCAAGCCCAAAUACCACCCAAAAUUAGUUGGAAGUUGA